GCCCUCUUCAUCCACGGCAGACUCGUGUCUUGUUCAGUUGGCAGCGUGUACCGAGAUCUCUCUACCUUCUCCAUUCCUCCGGUGACGCGAACAAGUAACCCGUUACAAUGGAAGCCAUCAAGAAGAAGCUGCAGGGGAUGAAGGCGGAGCAGGAGAAUGCCAUCGAGAGGGCAUCCGAAGCCGAGACGGCGAAGAAGGACGCGGAGAAGAGAGCCAUCCAGGCUGAGGAAGGAGCUGAAGAGCCUGCAGAAGAAGUUGGUGAGCCGUUGAGAACGACUUGGAACAUUGCCCAAGAGGCAUUUGGCAAGGCCAAUCUCAACCUUGAAGAAAAGGACAAGACAGCCGCUGAGGCCGAGUCUGAGAUCCAGGCCCUGAACAGGAGGAUCCAGUUGACGGAGGAAGAGUUGGGAAGGACAGAGGAGAGAUUGAAGGAUGCCACUGAGAAGUUGGAAAGUGCUGGCAAGAUCGCUGAUGAGAGCGAACGCAUGAGGAAGAUGCUUGAGCACAAGGUGCAGACAGAGGAAGAACGCACCGAUGCACUCGAGCUGCAGCUGAAGGAAGCUCAGUAUCUCGCAGAGGAAGCCGACAGGAAAUACGACGAGGUGGCGAGAAAGGUUCAGAUGGUUGAAGCUGACUUGGAACGCGCGGAGGAGCGUGCCGAGAUCGGUGAAUCCAAGAUCGUUGAGCUUGAGGAAGAGCUGAGAAUCGUCGGCAACAACCUGAAGGGUCUUGAGGUCGCUGAGGAGAAGGCCACCCAGCGAGAGGACAGCUACGAGGCGCAGAUCCGUGACCUCACCGCACGACUGAAGGACGCUGAGACACGUGCCGAGUUCGCUGAGAGGACAGUACAGAAGCUGCAGAAGGAGGUCGACAGACUUGAGGAUGACCUCGUACACGAGAAGGAGAGGUACAAGUCCAUCAGUGAGGAGCUCGACCUCACCUUCCAGGAGCUCUCUACAUACUAAGCCCCUCCUGCAUCGGCGGUCGCCUCUGUCUCUAUGGCGACCGUUGCCAGGACACUUCAUGCUUCCGCGGGACGGGAGGCGGCGACGACACCCGUUCCAAUUACAUCCGCAGCUUCCCCGUUGCCACGUUUCGUUUUCCGACCCUCGCUGCAGCGACGCAUCCUCGCUUUCAAAUUUUGUUCUCUGUUUUGCUACUACUCUUUCUUUCAAAUUUUAAAAACAGCUCUUCUAUUUGUACAGAUCUUUGUGGCAAAGAGACUCUUAUGACCUGUUCUUCAUUUCGUCUUGAUUUGUUUUUUGUUUUGUUGUUUUAAGUACUGUUGAAUGGGUCGUGCUGUAGCACCGUUCCGCAGAGGUGUAUUUUCAAGGGGAUUCGUUCCAAUAAGAUGACGAAUCAUUGUUGCUAUGACAAGACGUGCUUCAUAACGGCCACUGAGAUUAGCUGGGGGUUCUCUCGCUCCCGUGGUCGGGGGUGCGGCCCUCCGCUCUUGCAGUGAACAACUCGUGUGUUCCGUAGUGGAAUUCACGAACCACAGUUACAUUGUUGUGGCAGCCGUUAUUGAGACCUCUGGGCGAUGUCAACCUGUUUCCUAGGCGAUGGAUUGCGAUCGCCAUGGCAACCGAGCGUAGUGACGAGGAAGGGAGGCAGGCGGUGCGGGCUGCUUCCCCCCACACGCCUGUACGUCUCCCCCCGCGGGGUACAGCCGACGCGACCCCUGCUGACACCUCGUUGCCACGCCGCCGGCAUUUAUGCUUGCAUUUUCAUUCGGCAGAAGUAAUUUUUAAACUCGAAAUAAUCUGAUCGCUUGCAUGUAUAGACUUUUCCUAGACGGAGGCAAUAUUCUAUUGAUUCUCCUUCUGCCGUCUGCAAGUGCGUGUAGAGUACGCUAGGGUUUCCUUUCUCAUCAGGCGUAUUGCAAUCCGGCCCCUCGGUUUCUCGCUGUGGGUAGCGUCCGCUCUUUUUCGACCAGCCGAUUCCCAUCAUGUUUGUGAAUUCUUAUCAUAAAAAAUAUGAAAAGGUCACUUUAAAUUAGACAUGUAAAGUACGAUGAUAUAUGUGAAGUGAAAUAUUUUUUGCCGGCAUUUUCAGAAGGGUAUAUUAGCAUAGUUCCGUAACAUCUUCGUAGCUUUUAUAUACUUCGUACUAUUAGUGCUGUACGAACGCCAUAUCGAUUGAUUUUACCGCUAUUUUAUUUAAUACUGGAGAAUCAGAAUAUUGCCUUUUACUGAUAAUUAAAAAUUCAUUUCACCUGUA